AUGCAAGAAAUUGACUACAUGGCAUUUCAAGCUCCAGGGCUCCUCGAGCUCAGUACCACAGAAAUGGAUGACUUGUUUGCCUACGAUAGUGAGGGGGAUGCUCUCCCCAAACCGCUCUCACCUCGCCAAUGGGACGACAUAUUUGCGUCAGAUUCCGAGCCAGGACACGUCAAAACUUCACAAGGUACAAAGAUCAAACCCAACACGCUCUCACCGGGGCCUUUGGACAACAUACCUGCCUCUGAUUCAGAGGCAGGUCAGGUCAAGCAUUCCCAGGGCAACCAAGUGAAGACCAAACCGGUGCCAGAGUCACAGGUAGGAAUGGAGGUAAUGACCACCGAGAAACUGGUCCGGAAGAAAGCCAUAUGCAAAGGCAAAACCAAAAGCCAAAAAGCAUGA